UGCAAUAGCCACACAACCGGCAAUCGCAGGCAAACACCGCUCACCGGCUCGACAUCCCGACACCGGCUCGUGAAUCGUCAAUCGUCAUUCCGCAGCCACGUCUCCACCGAACAACCACACAGCGAUGCUUAAGUUCUUCUGCUUCGUCGCCUUGCUGGCGGCAACCCGAGCCGGCGAGGCCGACGUUUUAGACCUCACAGAUGCGGACUUCGAUAGUCGACUAGCGCAGCAUGACACCGCCUUGGUCAUGUUCUACGCACCAUGGUGCGGACAUUGCAAACGAUUGAAACCUGAAUAUGCCAAAGCUGCUGAAGAUCUGGUGAGGAAUGAUCCACCGGUAGCACUCGUCAAGGUCGAUUGCACAGAAGGCGGUAAGGAAACCUGUAACAAACACGGAGUUUCCGGAUAUCCAACGUUGAAGAUCUUCCGCGGUGGCGAAGUCUCGCAGGAAUACAGUGGGCCACGUGAAGCGCCUGGUAUUGUUAAAUAUAUGCGCGCGCAGGUUGGUCCCAGCUCCAAGGAGGUCGCCAGUGUUGCUGAGCUGGAGAAAUUCCUUGCUGCUGAGAAAGAUGUUGGCGUUGUGGGCUUCUUUGCUACAGAAUCGGAUCUCAAGGGGGCUUUCCUUAAACUUGCUGAUAAACUGAGGGAAAAGGUCAGGUUUGCCCAUUCUACAAACAAAGAUGUCUUGAAGAAAGAAGGAGUUAGUGAUGGUAUCGUUCUGUUCCGUCCUGCGCACUUGCACAACAAGUUCGAGGAAAACAACGUCAAAUACGAGGGUGAUGGUUCCGAUCUGCGUGAAUGGAUCAACAAAAAUAGUCAUGGUAUUGCCGGCCAUCGUCGCAGCGACAACCGCGCUGAGUUUGUAAACCCGCUUGUCACUGCCUACUACGCCGUCGACUACGUCAAGAACAUCAAAGGCAGCAAUUACUGGCGUAACCGCAUCUUGAAGGUCGCUAAACCCUACGCUGAUCGCCUUAACUUUGCUGUUUCUUCCAAGGACGACUUCCAGCACGAACUCAACGAGUACGGCAUUGAUUUUGUCAAGAAUGACAAACCAAUCAUUCUUGCACGCGACGCACAGAACCGUAAAUUCGCCAUGCGUGAAGAAUUCACCCUGGAAGCCUUCGAAGCCUUCAUUGAAGAUCUCCUCGCUGAAAAACUUGAACCAUACCUGAAAUCCGAACCUAUUCCAGAAUCCAAUGCAGAGCCUGUUAAGGUUGCUGUUGGUAAGAACUUCGAUGAUAUUGUGGUGAAUAACGGUAAGGAUACACUUAUUGAGUUCUACGCGCCAUGGUGCGGGCAUUGCAAGAAACUGGUUCCUGCCUACGAUGAAGUUGCGACCAAGUUGUUGGAUGAAGAUGUCGCCAUUGUCAAAAUGGACGCCACUGCAAACGAUGUGCCCGCACCGUUCGAAGUACGCGGUUUCCCCACGUUAUAUUGGGCACCACGUGACAGCAAGUCUGCGCCGGUGAAGUACGAAGGUGGUCGAGAAGCUGAUGAUUUCCUAGCUUAUAUUGCCAAGCACGCCACCGAUGAGUUGAAGGGGUACGAUCGUAAGGGCCAACCCAAACAACAGAAGACUGAAUUGUAAAUUCAACGGCGCUCGUGCGCGUAACAACUUUAUUUAACUGUUGUUUCACAUAAUUGUUUGUAAUUUGUGCGUCAGUUAUUUCGGGGAUGCGGAGUCAUCUUUAAUAUAUUCGGUAAACUUAGUUUCAUUUACGUUUUAAACCGCAGUUGUAAUUAUUGUGAUCACUGAGAUAUUUGAAUUAAAGAAAUCAAUUUUAUAACAAACCAAAUGAAA